AAUUUCCGAACGAAGCAAAGUUGAUUUAUGGCCCGACGAUGGUGGCAACACUGACUAGAAGCGUCGAGGUGACACUUUGACAGGUCAGACGGCCAUUGGCAUCGUUUAAUGUUUAUGAACGGUUAUCGCGAUCGGUGAAAGAGUGCGCACCCAACAUGAGCCCUUGGGCGGCGACGGGCACCGACAGCGGUGGCGCUCGGAGGCCGGGGACACGGGACGCGUCGUGAGCCGCGGCGCCAUGGAGCGCGCCGUCGUGCGCUCGAGCGCCAGGCUCAGCGGCGGCGGCGGCGGCCCCAGCAAGAGCAGCGGCGGUGGAGACAAGGCCGGCAGCCGCGCCGAGGCGGCGCGCCGGGCGGCCGCGGCGGCGCUGGCGGCCGAGCGCCGCGAGAGGGCCCGCCAGCGCGCCGAGGAGGUGGAGGACAGCCCGAGCGUGCUGCGCGACAAGUGCCGAGAGCUGGCGCGGGUUGUGCGCCAGGCCAAGCAUCUCGUGGUGUACACGGGAGCGGGGAUCAGCACAGCGGCCGACAUUCCCGACUACCGCGGCCCGCAUGGCGUGUGGACGAGGUUGCAGCGGGGAGAGGACAUUGGUCGCGUGGAAGUGUCCAGCGCGCAGCCCACGUUCACGCACAUGGCGCUGACGGCGCUGGUGGCGCGCGGGCUGUGCAAGUUCGUGGUGUCGCAGAACUGCGACGGGCUGCACGUGCGCUCCGGGCUGCCGCGCCGCUCGCUGGCCGAGCUGCACGGGGACAUGUUCGCGGAGCGCUGCGCCGCGCCUCGAUGCCGCGCCGUGCUGCUGCGCGCGUUCGACACCACGCAGCGCACGCGGCGCUACUCGCACGGCACGCGGCGCACGUGCCCCGCGCCGCGCUGCGGGCGCCCGCUGCGCGACACCAUCGUGCACUUCGGCGAGCGCGCGCGCGCCGCCUGGCCGCUCAACUGGGCCGGCGCGCUCCGCCACGCCGCCGCCGCCGACGUCAUCCUGUGCCUCGGCUCCAGUCUCAAGGUGCUGCGACGCUACCCGCGCUUGUGGUGCAUGGCGCGGCCGGCGCGCAUGCGCCCGCGCCUCUACAUCGUCAACCUGCAGUGGACGCCCAAGGACACCGCCGCCGACCUCAAGAUCAACGCGCGCUGCGACUCGGUGAUGCGCGAGCUGGCGCGGCGCCUGCGCGUGCGCGUGCCGCGCUACCGCCGCUCCCGCGACCCGCUGCUGGCGCACGCCACGCCCCUCGCCGCCGCCGAGCGGCACACCUGCUCCCGGCCGGAGCUGCGCGCGCCGGCGCUGCACGGCCACGAGCGAGACAGCGAGAGCGACGAACCCGAGGAGUUCGACUCCUCCUCCGCGUCCGAUUCCGACGAUGCGGUGCCGUUGAGGAGGCUGCAGGAGCGCUUGCGUGCCUCGAGGCCGAGAACCGACGGCCCUUCGAGCCCUCCGCCGGGGGCCGACGGACCUUCGGGGCCCGGGGCGAGGCUCAACGGGCUCCGGUGUCCGAGAGACCCGCCGGAUCGACCGCGGGACCGACAGUUUCCUGAACGUCCUCGGCCGCUCUCACAAAUGGAGGGCCCGCGGAGGCCGCCGCGCCCGGUGCCGGGGCUCCGGAGACUCGAGCGCCCGACGGAACGCUCGAGCGACCCGAAUUUUCCGGUAGAAGGGCCCGAUCUACAAUCUGGGCCGCGACGCUCGCGAGACCGACCGUACCCGGAGGAACGCUUGCAAAACCUAGAAACCUCAGCGACGCACUUGCGCGGCUCAAAUACGCCGGAAAAUGAGUCGCCGCGCCCGCAUUCUCCGGAGGAGCGCCCGCCGGACCCCCGGCCCCUAUCGGAACGAUUGCAAAACCGACAGUGCCCAGUAAAUGGCUUGCGAGAUCCACGAUCCCUAGCGGAGCGUUUACGAGGUCUCCGGCCCCUAUGGGAUCGCUGGCGGAGCCCUGAGACCCUGACGGACCGCCUCCGAGACCCGGAGACUUUGGAGCCCGAAGAAAAGAAGCCCAAGCUGGAGAACGGCUUAUGUGCCGUGGUUAAAGAGGAGCACCUGAGAUCUUUUGAGGUGUCCCUCGCCGACGGGUCGGCCCGCAUCCUCCUGCACGCCGCGCACGCGCCCGAGCCCAAGGAGGAGGAGGACGAGGGCGGCGGCCUCGGCCUCCCGAGGCCCCCGCGGCCCCCGAGGCCCCGGGACCGCGGCGCCGGCCCGCUCAGAAUGGGCCCCGAGCCCGCCGUCAAACGGGAGGAUCCAGAGAGCGAGGCCGAGCGGGCCGCGGCCGCUUUCAUAGCGCGUGCCGUGUUCAUGUGCAGAGGGAAGCUGUACUCCGGGCUGCACACGAUCCUCGGUCCGUCGCCGGAGCCGGCGGGCGGUGGUGGUGGGGGCGGUGGUGGUGGUGGGGGUGUAGGGGGGGAGGAGGAGUGCGCGUGGUGCGCGCGACGCUACGGCAGCCGGCGCUGCCUGUGGUACCCGGCGCGCGCGCCGCUGCCGCCCGGCCGCGUGUGGCGGCGCGUGCGCGGGCGCCGCUACCUGUGCACCUGCUGCCCGGGCGAGCCGCCCUCCAGCGGGGGGGAGGGGGGCGGCGGCGGGGAGGGGGGCUGGUACGGGAAGGGCUACCGGAAGGGACGGAAAAAGAAACGGUAGCAGGAGCCGGGCGCCUAGCCGGUCGCCGGUCGCGCCUCUCCACAUAUUCAUAUUUAUUUUUUUACCGAGUGAAGGACGAGUAGACGAGCGGUUGUGAUCGAAGUGCUGAUUUAGUUUAAAGCGGCGCGAAUGUACUUAGUGAGGUCCGAGUGAAGCGAGGAUCCCUGUAGCUUUGAAGACGACUCGAGCUUUGCUCCGGGUACUUGUGUACGGUCCGUCCGAGCUCGCUUUGCACCGCCUCGAACGGAGCGAAUUGGAGGAGUGACAUUAUAAACGGCAUAUUUUUCACAUAAAUUUUACAUUAAUGAUGACAUCGCCACACUAUUCCAUUGCGAAUGCCCCGCAACGUUAGCUCGGUUCGACUGUAAUCAAAUAAAAGUGUAGCGGCUCGUAUGCCGCCCGCGAGAGGCGAUUUAUGAACAAACUAAUAUUAGUCACAAACGAACAAAUAUGUUAAAUGUGUGUUUAUGAGUUGAGUUUUAAUUACGGGAUACUUAGGUUAAACGAUUGAACAAUGUUGUAAUUAUAAUAUCUAAUUGUAAUGAAUUUGAACUGAACUUUGUAUAAAUAAGCGUAACCUUAGAACGUGCAUGGACAAAUCGUGUCAAAAUUUUAAUACAUGAAUUAAAAUAAUUAAGUGAACGAA